GCGGGGCGGGGCUGCCGCUUAUAAGAAGGGCUGUGCGCCCGCUCCGGGCCACUGGUCUGCGCCCUUGGGACCAUGGCGCCUCGUUGCAUGCUCGCUCUGCUGCUGCUGCUCUUCGGAGGGUUCCCUGGCGCCCCCGCCGAGUCGAUUCGAGAGACUGAGGUCAUAGACCACCAGGACUUCCUGGAAGGCAGAUACUUCUCUGGAGCCCUCCCAGAUGACGAAGAUGCUGGGGGCCUCGAGCAGGAGUCAGAUGACUUGGAGCUGUCCGGCUCUGGAGAUCUGGAUGACACAGAGGAGACCAAGACCUUCCCUGAAGUGAUUCAUCCCUUGGUGCCUGUAAAUAACCACAUUCCUGAGAGGGCACAGCCUGGCAUCCGUGUCCCCUCAGAACCCAAGGAGCCAGAGGAGAAUGAAGUCAUUCCCAAAAGGGUCUCACCCUCCGAAGUGGAUCGUGAUAUAUCCAACAAAGUGUCCAUGUCCAGCACUGCCCAGGAUGGCAACAUGUUUGAGAGAACCGAGGUCCUGGCAGCUCUGAUUGUGGGCGGCGUGGUGGGCAUCCUCUUCGCUGUUUUCCUGAUCCUGCUGCUGGUGUACCGCAUGAAGAAGAAGGAUGAAGGCAGUUAUGACUUGGGCAAGAAACCCAUCUACAAAAAAGCCCCCACCAACGAGUUCUACGCGUGAAGUUUCCCUUGAGAGCUGCUUGAACUUAAUGGGGAGGGGAGUCAAAGGAUUGGAUGGUGGGCAUUUGUAGAGGGAGGGCACCUUAAUACUGACUUGUCAGUGUCUUCGUCUCUGGUCACCUUUCUAGGGUCAGAAGAAAGGUCAUCUUCUACUGUGCUGCCUCACUUGGG